AGGAGGACUGUGGCGCAUGAGUCUGGCAACAGCCCACACAACAAAAAAGAAAGCAAGCUAACGCGUACUGCCUGUGUUCCUUUUGUAACGCAUAUUAGUUACGCCUAAAUAUGUACAUGUUCGUAUUAGUUGGGCACGCAAGAAGACUUUGAACGAUUGCGACCAUAAAUGGAUCGUUAGAGGCAAAGACAACGUCAGCGCGUUCACAGAUAACUGAUGCUGUGCGUCAAGUCCAAGAGGUUGUGGAGGCCUUCCCAGGGUCCGUCUGGGCCCUGGAGGAAGAUGCACCGGGGCGGGGAUAAGGACUACCAGAUCUCGGCGCGGAAAAUGGGGACAUCCUUGCUCUUUCAGCUGUCGGCGCACGAUCGAGAGGUGGACUUGGUGUGCCUCGAUCACAGCUACGCCAAACCGUGGAAUGCUCACCCAGACGCUAGCAGCGCACGGCCCACAAGGACGCUGUUUGUCACCCCUCGGCGCCAGCCAGAAGUCUCACCAGAUUCAGAAGCCGUAAUCGAUGUUGAGACGGUCACACCCACACCGGUCCCUCUGUAUGAUAACCACAAAGCUCAGAGCGUGAUGAAGGAGUGCGAGCGACACGUCUUGUUUGCUCGCACCGUUGCGGAAAGUCCCCCUCCUCCAGAUGACUGGGAGGAACAUAUAAACAAGACUAUGUGGUCCAUCACUCAGACCAAAUUGUUUAAUAAAGUCUUAAAAGCGCUUCAGGCUGAAAGAUUAGCCCGCUUGGCCAAUGAAAAUGCAUCCAAUGAGCCAAUCCUACGCAGGAUAGCUGUGGACAAAUGUGCCAGAAAGGUGCGGCACGCCUUGGCCAGUGUCAACUGGGAGACCAAGCUGACGCAGUGGUUGCACACCACUCUGAUUGAAUCGCUGAGUCUCACCUUGCUGGCUGCCUACUUGGAUGUUUUGCAGACUCUCAAAAGCAAGCUGCCGUCGCUGAUUGACAGAAUGUUGCUUCCGGCGGCCAAGACGGGUUCUCCCAGCGCCGAGGCCCUAUCGCUGCUGCUGAAGCGUCCGUGGGACCCGGCCGUUGGGGUUCUGUCGCAGAAUAAACCGAGCAAACUCCCCGGAUCGCCCCUCAUCCUACUGGCGCCGUCGAGCCCAAGCAAUCCAGCCGUGCCGACAUCACGACGAAUGAGAUUCUGGCAGUCGCAGCUCUCCUGUUUUGGCAAGGUCAUCCCCAUACACACGCAUGUCAGCAGUGGCGCCAAUAUCGGCAUCGCUCAGUGUCUGGAGCACAUGAUGGGAACUGUUCGAGCAAAGGUCAUUGAGGUUCGCAGGCACUUCCCUCACAAACCCAUCAUCUUGGUUGGUUGGAAUGCUGGCGCUCUCAUAGCUUGUCAUGUUUCGCUCAUGGAGUACCUGACAGCUGUCAUUUGUCUGGGCUUCCCCCUGCUUACAGUCAACGGUCCUAGAGGGGAUGUGGAUGACCCACUGCUGGAGAUGAAGACCCCCGUCUUGUUCGUGGUGGGUCAGAACGCUCUGCAGUCCACCGUCGAAGGGAUGGAGGAAUUUCGAGAGAAACUGAGGACUGAUAACAGCAUGGUGGUGGUGGGAGGGGCCGAUGAUAACGUCAGGAUCAGUUCUACAAAAAUGAAAUCAGAGGGAUUGACGCAGACGAUGGUCGACCGCUGCAUUCAGGAUGAGAUUGCCGACUUCCUGUCCGGUGUCCUCACACGGGCAGAGAGCCACGGCCACGGCUCGGGCGAAACGAGGGACCUCGACACCGAGAAGAAAAAGAGGACUCGGCGAGAGUUCGCUUUUGACAUGGAGAGAGGACGGCCUUCCUCCCCCGCGCUUAGACUCCCUAUCUCUCCGUCAGGUUCAGAGGAUCUGUCCAGCGUCUGCAGCAGUCCCACGUCAAGCCCCAAACCCAAGACCAGUCUGUCCCCAGCGCAGAAGUCCAGUCUGAUCACAGCCACGCAGCUCCUCAAGACUCACAUGCAACGCUCCGGCACAGUGCUGUCACACAAGCAGGCUCAAGCUCAGUUUGCUGCUUUUAUGAAACAAAACAUGCUUGUGAGGAAAAACCUUCCUUCUGGUACUCCUCCUUGUAUUUUUGUGACAAGUGAUCAGAUGGAGGCGUUGGACCGAGAUGAACUGAGAGCUCGCGGCAAGAGGCGGCUAACCCCGAGCCCCACCCCGAACAAAGCCUCCAAGCGGGCCAAGAUCAAGGUCACGCUUGUUUCCCAAAGCGAGUCGGCCGGGUCCACCCUCAGCGCAGCCGUACAGGAAGUGAGCAGUUCUGCGAAGCCUCUAGCGGUGACAAUGGGUCAGACUGUGGCCGGAGCAGUGGAGCUCUCUGGACUUCUCACCGGCCAGCGGUCCGCUAGUCUCUCAGAGGUGUCUGGUGCCCUGUCCCCAGGCUCCAGCCCCUUCAACAGCGUGCAGCCUUGCAUGGUGUCAGGGUCGUCCGUACCAAUCCAGGUGCAGGCUCCGGCAACUGCCCAAGCAUCUUCCGCCAGCAGUUUGCUGCAAGGCCUAAGUUUCAGUCUUCAGGAGAUCGUCACCAAAGCACCUAGCUUGCCGUCUGCCGAAGCCUGCGCUGGAAGCACACGGGCAUUCUGCGGCAAGCCGCAGGGUCAGGUCCUGAGCGCCGCCGUCACCAAUAGCGGCACUCUGCUCCGUGCGGUGCCCGUGGCCAAAAGCAACGCCAUCCACCAACUGCUCACGAAUGGCGGACUGGCCAAGCUUGCCAGCGGUUUACCAGGCUUGGCCCACAUCACCAACCAGACAGCCGGGCAGAAAGCCCCCACAUCCAUAACGGUGAUGCUUCGAGGAGCGCAGCCUGCAAGCCGAGCGGCUGAGCUGACGCCUGCUCACAACAGUAGCGACUCUCAGUGAUCAAGUGGCCCCCAGAGCCAAAUGGGAGCAAGAUACUUGAGGGGCCCCUACCAGCGUUGCUCCAUCGACAAAUAACUUCACUUGAGCUUCUCGGAACAUCAUAACUAUACAAGUGGACAUGAAUGGCAAAUUAAUUUUCAUGUGAAAGCAGGAGCAUAUUUGCAUCUCGUGAUAAGACAGA